CCCGCCCACCCGUGGCGCCAAAUAAGGCACAUAGUAUCGCUGUGUGUGUCAGUAGCCCGGACGGCUCGCUCUCAUCCCGCACUGGAGUCAAGCGUGCUCGGCUGCGACAUGACCAGAGCCCCGCAGACCUGGCCAUUCAAAUAUGGAGCUUUUUAAAGCGAUCAUUUCGGUGCUUUGGAUAUUAUUGCUCAACAGAAACGAGGACUCCCGUGCAGAGGAAGUUGUCUUGCUGAAUUCUAAGGAGUCCCAGGCAGAGCUGGGUUGGACCUCAUAUCCUUCUAAUGGGUGGGAGGAAAUCAGCGGUGUGGAUGAGAAAUACAAGCCCAUUCGCACAUAUCAAGUAUGCAACGUGAUGGAGCCCAGUCAGAACAACUGGCUCCAGACGGGUUGGAUAUGGCGGCAGGGUGGCCAGCGCAUCUUCAUCGAGCUGCAGUUCACCCUGCGAGACUGCAACAGCAUCCCAGGCGUGUCCGGCAGCUGUAAGGAGACCUUCAAUCUCCUCUACGCCGAGUCCGACUGGGACCUGGGCCGCGUCACCCGUGAAGACCGCUACAGCAAAAUCGACACCAUCGCUGCGGAUGAAAGCUUCACGCAGGGCGAUUUGGGAGAGCGUAAGAUGAAACUCAACACCGAAGUCCGUGAGAUAGGACACCUCAACCGUAAAGGAUUCCAUCUGGCCUUCCAGGACGUGGGCGCGUGCGUCGCGCUGGUUUCCGUGAGAGUGUACUACAAACGAUGCCUGUCCACGGUGCAGAAUUUAGCAGUGUUCCCGGAUACGGUAGCCGAAGCUGCGUUCUCUACUCUGGUGGAGGUGAGAGGGUCCUGCGUGAAUAACUCUGAGGUGGACACGGACAGUCCUCCCAGAAUGCAUUGCAGCGCUGAAGGGGAAUGGCUGGUGCCGAUCGGGAAAUGCAGCUGCAGCGCUGGAUAUGAGGAGGGACACAGCAGCUGUGAAGCCUGUCCUCCGGGCACCUACAAGAUGUCGUCACGGCAGCAAGAGUGUUUCCCGUGUCCGGCUAACAGCAAGGCUGAAGAAGAAGGCUCUGUGCUGUGUGUGUGUGAGGACGACCACUUCAGAACCCCGCUGGACCCUCCGUCCGCACCCUGCACUCGCCCCCCCUCUCCUCCUCGUGAUCUGGUCUACACCCUCAAACAGUCCACGCUCAUUCUGGACUGGGCCGCGCCAAACGACUCCGGCGGCCGCGGGGAUCUGACCUAUAGCGUAGGCUGUCGGCGGUGCGUGGGGCCCCCUCGGGCCCCGCAGGUGCAGUGUGAACCCUGUGGAGCCAGCGUAGGCUUCGUACCGCAGCAGAGCGGCCUGACGGAGCGCACGGUCACCGUGGUCAACCUGCUGCCCAACUCCAACUACUCCUUCAGCGUGGAGGCGCGGAACGGCGUCUCAGAGUUACUCCCCAAUAAAAGGUUCUACACGCAGGUCAACGUCUCCACCAGCCUUCCAGCGCCGUCUCAGGUGAACGAGCUGCGAGCGGAGAAGGUUGAGCAGCGCAGCGUGACUCUGGUUUGGAGGGAACCCGCCGUCUUUCCCAACAGCAGCCGCACUGAAUACGAGAUCAAAUACUAUGAAAAGGACCAGAAAGAUCAGAGCUAUUCCACGGUGAAGACGGCCGCCACCAGAAUCAGCGUCAACAACCUGAAACCAGGAACCACCUACGUCUUCCUCAUCCGCACCUGCUCCAGCCCAGCGCUUUCUUCUCUUUCCUCCUCUCCUCUUUCCUCUUCCUCCUCUUCCUCUUUGUCUCCGUCUUCCCCGUCUGCUUCCUCUUCCUCCUCCAGCCCUGUGGCGGCCGCGUCUCCUCCUCCGCUCGACUACGGGGCGUUCAGUGCUCCGCUGGAGCUGCAGACGCUGGGAGAACUGGCUCUGGCCUCCAGUGAACAGAGUCCAGUGGUGAUCAUCGUGGUGGUUUCUCUGGCCGCUCUCAUCAUGUUACUCACUCUUGGAGUUGGAUUGCUCAUCUGGAGAAGUGGCUUCUCCAGACCCUCCAAUGUAGCUCCUACUCGCGUGGUGCUGCUCUCUACCUCCUUCUCUACUCUUCCUCCUCCUCCUCUUCCUCCCUCCACGCAGCUGUCUCCCAGACAGUGCGGUUACAGUAAAGCCAGUCAGGAGGGAGACGAGGAGCUGUACUUCCAGUUUAAAAUCCCAACCAGAAGGACUUACAUUGACCCAGAGACGUGUGAGGAUCUGCUCCAGGCGGUUCAUGCCUUUGCCAAAGAGCUGGACAUCUCCAGCAUCAAGAUCGAGAGAAUCGUCCAUACAGGAGACUUCGGCGAGGUGUGCCGCGGCUGCCUGAAGCUGCCCAGCAAACGCGAGCUUCCCGUGGCCAUAAAGACCCUUCGCUCGGGCUGCUCGGAGAAACAGAGGCGCUCCUUCCUCAGCGAGGCGGGAAUUCUGGGACAGUUCGAUCACGCCAACAUUGUGCGUCUGGAGGGAGUCAUCACCAGAGGCAACACUAUGAUGAUCGUGGUGGAGAGCAUGACCAACGGAGCCCUGGACUCUUUCCUGCGGAAACAUGAAGGUCAGCUGACGGUUCUUCAGCUGGUGGAUCUGCUGAGUGGAGUGGCGUCUGGGAUGAAGUAUCUGACAGAGAUGGGUUUUAUCCAUCGCCGACUGGCCGCUCACAAAGUCCUGGUGAACAGCAGCCUGGUUUGCAAAGUGUCAGGCUUCAGGCCGCUUCAGGACGACAAGAUCGAGGCGGUCUACAGCACACUACACGCAGGGAAGAGUUUGGUGCUGUGGACGGCUCCUGAGGCCAUUCAGUACCAUCGUUACAGCUCCGCUUCGGAUGUGUGGAGCUUCGGGAUCGUCAUGUGGGAAGUCAUGUCCUUCGGAGAGAGACCGUACUGGGACAUGGGCAACCAAGACGUGAUUAAAGCGAUCGAGGACGGCUUCCGGCUGCCGGCGCCCGUCAACUGCCCCGCGUCUCUGCACCAGCUCAUGUUGGACUGCUGGCAGAAGGAGCGGACGGAGAGACCGAGCUUCACACACAUCCACAGCGCUCUCAGCAAGAGCAUCAGGAGCCCCGACAACAUCGGCUCCUCCAGCCUGGGCCGCAGGACGCUGGGCUCGUCUGUAUCUCUAGCAGAGCGAACGCUUCCCUCCUUCCCGUCGUUCAGUUCGGUCGGAGAGUGGCUGGAGGCUGUAGACAUGGGCCGCUACAAAGACAACUUCACCGCUGCUGGAUACUGUUACCUGGAGUCAGUGGCUCGCAUGACCGUUCAGGAUGUGUUGAGUCUCGGCAUCACCUCUCUGGAGCACCAGAAACAGAUCCUGUCCGCCAUACAGACUCUCAGAGCGCAGGUUAUCCAGAUGCACGGCCGCGGAGUUCAGGUCUGACAUACGGACGUCUGUUCUCAGAAUUACCCAGUAGGCCAUUCAGCAGACAGGAGGUGAUGAUAACCAAUUCACUGCAAAUGGCAGUUCUCUUCCUAAUCUUCCUCUUUUCGUUCCUUAAUCUUCUCUUUGGGUGAACACUGCUUCUUUUCUGAGGGGGCGAUGGCACAAGCAAGAUGAUUCCUCUCGAAUAACCUGCUUUUCUUCCGCUGCUCAUCAAUGACAUCUCUUUUAGAAGGACUCUGCGGUGGUCGAGACUCUCCGGCACUGUCCUGGAGAAGCUCCGUUUGACUCUCAAAAGGGCCUUUUUCUUUAUCCAAGCGAAAGAACUCAUGCUUCGUAGCCACUGAUCCUCCUAUAAAAGUGGACAAAACCGAGAGCAUGUCGGCCGUGAGCGUUCGCUCCUCCGAGCGGGAGAAGAUCUCGCUGUAUCUUCAGGAAAUAAGUUGAGUGCUGGUGUAAGAAAUCUUAAAUAAUAUGUAAAUCCCUUUUUCUGUGUUUCCCGAAUUUGAUUACGGUCCACUUUUUUCUUUUGGCUUUCUUUCUUCACACUUUAUACUCAUUUCUGUAUGGAAGCCCAUUUCCACCACAGAAGAAGACAAAUGCUCUUGUAAAUCAUAACUGUGAUGUUAAAAGUCAAAAUUAUGACAUACUAAGUCAUUCUGAGAUGAAAAAUCAAAAUUAUGACUUAAAAAGUGGAAAUUGUGAGUCAAAAUUUACAUACUAAGUCAAAAUUAUGACAUAAAAAGACAAAAUUAUGACUAGACGAAAAGUAAAUCAUGACAAAGAAAGUCAUAAUUUUGAAUUUGAACUUGAUUUAUCUCAUAAUUACAACUUUUUAAUCCCAUAAUUGACUUAGUAUGUCAUAAUUUUUACUUUUAUGUCAUAAUAAUGACUUUUAUGUCAUAAUCAUUACAUUUUAUAUCAUAAUUAAGAUUUACCAAAGCAGGCAGCGGAAAUGGGCUAUAUUUCUGAAGCAAAUUAUUAUUGUUGAGUUUAAAUUAUUAUUUUUGGUCAUCUGUACUCGUAAUGUUUUCUCCUCCUGUCUACUAUAGGGACAAUGUUUGCACUGCAGCAUCCACGACUUACAGAAACUUGUACCAUAUUUAUUAGAUGAGUUAUUUAGCUGUUUACAGAUGCUUAUUGGAGCUCAGUUUUUGAAUGCAAAAAUAUUAUGUUUGAAAAUGGAAAACACAGCACUGAAUCUGGACGUUCAGUGGACAUUUCAUCAAAAAUGCUCUUGGAUUGUUGUUUGUGUAAUAUAAUUUUUCCUGCACUUUGAAAGUGAGUGUGUGUGAGUGAGUGAUUGUGAGCGAUUGAGUGAAUGAUUGUGAGUGAGUGAUUGUGUGAGUUAGCGAGGGAGUGAGUGAUUCAG